AUGUCAGCUGUGUGUUGGCUUUAUGGUCGUAUGAUCCAUGAAGCCUUAGGCGGUCGACCAAUCGGAUUAAUAGCGACGAGUUGGGGUGGUACAGCUAUUGAAUUAUGGAUGCCACCACCAGCAUUGAAAGAUUGUGGUAUUUCAUCUAAUGAGGCAGUUCCAUUACAAUCAUAUGGUCAGUCUUCUGAAAUGAUCUCACUGAAUUACUCUAAUCUAUUCAAUGCAAUGAUCUAUCCUUUUACACGUAUGGUCGUUUAUGGUGCCAUUUGGUAUCAAGGUGAAUCUAAUGCUGAUUAUAAUAGAGAUAAAUAUGCAUGUGCAUUUUCAAAAAUGAUACAAUAUUGGAGACAAACAUGGAAUCAACGUACAAAUGGAUUAACAGAUCCUACGUUUCCAUUUGGUUUUGUCCAAUUAUCAACAAAUACAGAUAAAACUACUCUAGUGGGUGGGUUUCCACUCAUUCGAUGGCAUCAAACAUUCGAUGUUGGUUAUGUACCAAACAGUGUCGUGCCUAAAGUCUUCAUGGCUGUUGCUUUAGAUUUACGUGAUGAUCCUAAUAACAUUCAUCCUCGAACUAAACAUGAUGUUGGCUAUCGGCUAUCACGUGCAGGUCUUGCUGUAGCGUAUAAUCAACGAGUUGAAUUUCAGGGUCCCAUUGUAUCAAGUGUUAGCUUAGCGAGCACUAGCCAAACUGUGAAUGUAACUUAUAGUGGUGUAGAAAAUAUUGAGCUACGAAAUCCUAAUGGCUUUGAAGUGUGUUGUCAAGGUGCCAAGUGUAGUGAUGAUACUUUAUGGGUGCCAGCAACUGUAUCAAGUAAAAAUGGUUUAACAAUAACAUUAACUGUCCCUAGUCAAUGCGUUGCACUGCAAUUGUUUGGUCUUCGAUAUUUAUGGCGUGAAACACCAUGCUUAUUCAAAGACGCUGCUAUUUAUAGUUAUACAGAUCCUAAUCUACCGUCGCCACCAUUCAUUAAAUACUUUUAA